UACAGAAGGAUGCUGGAACUGUAAAACAUGAGAGUCUAGAAGAUUCUUCUGACACAAAGACAAAAGAAGAGGUAUGCUUGCAAAAGGAAGAACAAAGAAAGCCUCAGGCUGUCUCAGGUGAAGAAACUGUUGUUAAUCAGGGUCUUCAAAAAGAGGAACCAGAGAAGCAAGUUCAGACUACAUCUUCUACAUUUCCAUCUCAGGAAAUGGAGAAUGCAGCUGGAGCCAUAAGUGAUGAGAUAGAUGUUGUUACUGGAGAUGGAAUAACUGGUGAGCAUACUCUCUCAGCCAAUAAACCAGAGGAGGGGACCACAAGCUUUGCAUCACUUUCCAAGGAACAGGAGGAAGAAACCGUAAGCACGGUUGAGAAGAUAGACAAAAAGAAAAUAAAUGAAGCAGAAAUUCCGGGAAACAAGAUUUCAGAAGAUUCUUCUGAUGCAAAGAAAACGGCAGAGAUGUGCAUGGAGAAAGAAGAGUUUCAGGGGCUUGAAGAUGCUACGAAUGAUGAAACUGCUGCUCAAACUAUCCAAGUGGAAGAACCAAAGGAGCAAUCUUUAACUUCAGCAAUGCCUUCUGAGAACAUAGAACAUGGAACUACAGCCAAUGAGGAAGAAGAAGAAAAAGUGAAGGGAGUGGAAAUGCUCGUAAAAGAAAUAAACUUAGAAAAGGAAAAACCUGAGGAGCCUGAAGCUGUUGUGGAUCAAGAAACUACUGUUGGUCAGGCUUCAAUAACAGAAGAAUCAGUGAAGAUUGAAACAAUAGGCACAAUUGAGAAGUUAGAUGAAGAUAAUGAGAUGAAAGAAGCAGAAAAUCUUGAAGAUAAGAUUUGUGAAGAUUCAUCAUCUAGCUUGCAAAAAGAAGAGCCAAAUGAGCUUCAUACAGUUCCAAAAGAAAGAAUUACUUCUGGUCAGACUUUCUCAGAAGAGCAACCAGAUGAGCAGCUUCAUAUUUCAACCUCUGCUAUAACUAGUGAAGAACAGGAGCAUGAAACUAAGAAGACAGAAGAUAAGGAAACAAACCAUGAGGCAACCGUAAAAGACGGGAUUUCAGAAGAUGCUUCAGAUGCAAGGACCACGGAGGAGACAUGCUCACAAAAGGAAAGGUCUAUCGAGCUUGCUGUAGAAGAUGCAAUGACUGCUGGUCACACUGUCACUGAAAAGAAAUCAGAAGAACAAGCUCAGAAUCCAACCUCUACACUGCCUUCAAAGGAAGUGGAAGGUGGAAAUACAAGUACAACUGAGAAGAUAGAAAGCAAGAAAAUAGAGGAAGCAGAAUUUUUACAAGAUGAUAUCGGGGGAGAUGUAAGCUUGCAAAAGGAACGAUUUCAGGAGGAUGAAGCACUUGCAAAAGAUGAAAAUGCCUCUUCUCAGACUCUCCUAAUAGAGGAGCAAAUUUCAAACCUUGUUGCCACAUUGCCAUUAGAGGAGCAUAAGCAUGAAACUGUCAACGAAGUUGACAAGACUGAAGAAGAGAAAGUAAAGGAAAAAGAAAUGCAACAUGAAGACUCCGAUGUAGCAAAGAAAGUUGUAGAGAUAUGCUCUGAAAAGUAUGAGACAAGGGGGGCACAAGCUGCUUUGGAAGGUGAAACUAUUGCUAGUCAAGUAAUAACACAGGAAUCAGAAGAAAAGAAACCAGAAGAGGCAGAAACGCUGAAAGAUGACAAAAGCCUGCAAACAGAAUGUGUAAGUCAAGGUGCCUUAGAAGAUGGAGCUACUGCUGCUCAUACUCUCUCAGGAGAGAAUCAACCAGAUCAACUUCAUAGUACAAUCUCUACAUUGCCUUCUGAGGAACAAAAAGAUGAAACAAAGGAAACAGAAUUGCUACAAGAUGAGAGUCCAGAGAAGAUUACAAAACAAACAAGAGAGAUUGAGGAAGCCUCAAAUGUCAAAAUGGAGACACCUGAAAAGGCUAUUGACAAUGAAUUACUCACUGAAUCAGAAGAUGCUGCAAGAGAUGAGACAGCGGGUGAAGAAAAUCAGUGUGAGAAAACAAAUGAAGGAAAUGAAGUCAUACUGACUGAAGUUUCAAAAGAAGAGGUCAUUGAGGACAAGGAAGUUAUUGAAACAUCUUAUUCAACUUCCCACUCAGGCAAGCUGACGAAAGAUGGCUCUGCAGAAGAUGAGCCAAGGGAUAAACUGAUUGAAGACUUGACAAAUGAGGCAUUAGAAACCACAUGUCAAAAUGAAGAGCUCCUUGUGGAAGCUCAAAAGUCCACUGAAAACGAUACCAUUGAAAAGCAGAUUGUUUGUGAAAAUAAAACUGUUGAGGAUCCAGGCCAAGCUUCGGUUUCCGGGAUUGAAGCCAAAACAGUGACAGAAGAGGCAUCAAGCAUAGAAUUAUCACUGGCAGAAGGCAAUCAGAUAAUUGAUGAUAUUCAGCAGCCAGGGGAAAGAACAAAUAUGGCAUCUGAUAAGCAGAUUCCCAAAGAAUUAGAUCCCAUUGAGAACACAGAGAUAACAAGUUCAUUCGGCAAGGAACAUGCUCCAAUAGAUUUGCAGGAGAGAGUUGCAGAACCCUCACGAAAGGCUGAAGUUGGAGAUGUCAAAGAGAUUUAUCCAAAACAAGCAGAAGUUGACCAUGGUGGAGAGACAAUAACAGAUAAUUCAGGUGAAGAUAUAACCAAGGAGUCUACGACUAAGGUAUCAUCAUCCAACCACAUUGAAAGCUCCACAAAGGAAACUCUGCAAGUGACUCAAGACACGAUUGAAGAGAGAGAAGCAAAAGAUGAAAAUGGUGCUGCUCAAAUUCUUUCAGUGGAGAAACCAGAGGAGCAAUCUCCAGCUCCAUCAUCCAAAAAGCCUUCUGAUGGAGCUUCACCUCAAGUCGAGGCAGUAGAAGAAAAGGAAGUGGAAAUUCUAUAUAAAGAUUCCUCUGAUACAAAGACAGGAGAAGAGAUAUGCUUGGCAAAGGACGAAAACAAGAAGGUAAAAACUGUUGUUGAGCAAGAAACUAUUGCUGUUAAGGCUCCACCAUCAGAGAUUAAGGAGGAUCCAGUUUCUCCUUUUGAAGAUGGCCGCAAAGAAAAUGAGCUAAAAGAUGAAGAUACCUUGAAAGUCCAAACAUACGAAAUUCAAAAUGAAGAGCUCUGUGUGGAAACUUUAAAGGAUGGUGCAAACGACAAUAUUGAGAAAGAGAUCGUUGCUGAAGAUGAAACUGUGAAAGAAGCAACGACUGUAAGGGAGGAGAUUCCAGGAGAAGCAUAUCUCAUUGACAGCGGCACGACAGCAAGUUUAAUUAACAAGGAACAUUUUCCAACUGAACAGCAGGAUAGAGCUUUAGUAACCUCAGAUAAAGCUGAAGCAGGAGAUAUGGAACCUGGAAAUGCUCAAGAGAUCUGUUCAGAAGUAGUAGUUGAUCAUGGAGACGAGCAAAAGAAGGACAAUUUGGGUGUGCAAAUAACACAGGAACCUGCAUCAGUGGAUUCAGCUAAGCCAUCAUUGUCUGGCCUACACCAAAGAUCCACAAGAGAAAAAAUGCAAGUGUCCCAAGAUAUGAUUGAAGAGAGGGAACUAAGAGUAAGCAAGGAAGAACCACAUGUGGAAGAAGCAAAAACAGAAGAGAAAGAUGGAGAGGAAGGGGAUGACCACAAUAAGAGGGACUCUGGUUCAGAUGCUCCCGUGAUGGUAGAAGCACCUAGAGAUACUGACACUAAACCACAUAAGAAAUCUCAAAACAUACUAUCAGGUGUUGGAUUGAAAGUCAAGCAUUCAAUUUCCAAGGUGAAGAAAGCAAUUACUGGUAAAUCUUCUCAUUCAAAAGAAUCAAAACCAAUAUCACCAAAGGGAAGCGAGAAAUGAAGGUGUCUCAGUUAGUAAAGAAUCACGUAUUCUUAGAUGUUUUACAGGGGCUUGUUUUCAGGUCAAAUAUUUUCUGAUCAUACUAUUUUUUAAGCUUUGUGUGUUUAUGUGCAAAUUGAAAAAAGUAGCUUCAAUUUUUUGUAUAAAAAAACUUGCAAAGUUUCAUGAUUGUGAAAUGUAGUAUGACAAAGUUGGAGUUUUUCUGAGCAUGCCAUAAUCAUAUGCAUACAAAAUUGUUCAUUGAACAAAGACUUUCGCUAUUAGUUUCUUUUGGCAGGAGUUCUAAAAACACAUACCAUUUCCAAACUACCAAUUUUACAAGCUCAGGAAUUGAACCAAACUUCACUUGGAUUUAAUAAAGCAAAGAUCAUCAUUUUAGUUUCUUGCUUGCAAUUGCCAUUGAAACUUGCAGAACAAGAAAUUGUGAUUGAAAAACAAACUCCCUACAUCCAAAGAAUAAGGAAGUUGGCUAAAUUAAAUCCAUCAUAUUGAUGUAAGCCAUUGCCACAAAACAAAGACUACGGCUUUGGGAAUUAAACCAUACUUCACUUGAACUUAGUAAAGCAAAGAACAUCAUUUUAGUUUCUUGCUUCAAAUUGCCAUUGAAAAUUGCAAAACAAGAAAUUGUGAUAAGAAACAAACUACCUAACCAGAAUUGGGA